GCCUUAGCGGUAGAAUUGUCAGCUGGUUAACAGCAUAUUACAAACGUAAAGAAAAUUUUCAACAAAAAGUGAAAAAAUACUACAUUCAUCUGAAAUGGCAGGGAGAAUUUAGGGCAAAUACCCAAAGAGUGAAGUAACAAUGACACAGCUUAAUAUAUCAUGAUGAAUCAGAUCCAUGCAGAAAGAAGACUGCUCCCACUGGGUUUAAGUGAUGAAGGAAAAAAAGAAGAAGAAAACAGAAUGAUAAGAACCAACCUCCCUUCCCUGAAAAUCCCAAAACUUGGUGUCAACAAAUGUUUUCCCACAGUUUGCUGCCACCAGGGAUUGCUUCCUGAACCAAACCAGAGAAUUGUAGAAGAGGAACCUCUUUCCCCCAGACUGGACAAAUAUAAGCUGGCAAGAUUUUUAGCUGACAAGGCAAUCAGGGAAAAGAAAAUUUUUACCAUCUGUGGACCCUACCCAGUAAUUCGUAGAAGUUUAAGGAAAAAAGGAUGGGUGGAGAGAAAGCUUUCCAUAAGAAGUGACUUACAGGACAAUACAGAUGACAAGUGUGAUGCUGAUUGUGAAGAUGGUGGGAAGAAUGGCAAAAGAAAUGUCUUGUGUGAAGAAGUUUCUGGCCUUGACAGUUCAGAUGACAUUCAUGAUGUAAUGUCUAGGUUGGUAAGAAAUGAAGAGACAUCCUUUUUUUGGACUAUAAAAAAGGAUGCAAUUAAUUACCAUAACCUACAUUGUGAUCAGAUGCUGAAUCAUUAUGCAAAAACUGGCUCCUUUACAACUAAAAUUGGACUUUGUUUGAAUCUGAGAAAUUUGCCAUGGUAUGUUCCAGCAAAUCCAAAUACCUUUUUCCCCCGCUGCUAUGGUAUUUACAUGGAUGAUGAGAAACAUGAUUUUAUAGAGGACUUCAGGAAUACAGCAGCGUGUAGCAUACUCAAAUGGGUCAUCAGUCUUAACGCCUGUGAUAAAAAAACACAGAAGUCUAAAGGAAAAAUUAAUAAAGAAGAUGUACGCCAGAAGAAAGAUCCUGUUGAUUCUGAUGAAAAGGAAAUCAAGCAACUUCCUGGAAAACUAAUAGACAUGGCUUGCCAGGUUUGUGAAACCUACCUUGGGCAGAUGGAACACGAGGACAUUGACACAGCAGUGGAUGCUUCUGCAGUUCUUAGUGAGGAGGAAUGGAAAGACUUAAUUGAACAGUACUACUGUCUCAUUCAUGAAGGUGCUGUCAUUUGUAGUGCACAUAAUUACAUUACACAGUGUCAAAAGAUUCUGAGCAAAAUCAUGUCUACAAACCCACAGCAAGACAUAGACGGUAACCACAAUAUCUGGAUUAUUAAACCAGGAGCAAAAUCUCGUGGCAGAGAAAUAGUGUGCAAAAAUAGAAUGGAUGAUAUUCUGAAGUUAGUAGAAGCAACAGAUCAAUUUCCAGUAAAGGACCACAAGUGGGUGGUACAGAAGUACAUUGAGACACCAUUGCUAAUUUAUGAUACUAAAUUUGAUAUUAGACAGUGGUUUCUUGUCACUGACUGGAACCCUCUGACUAUAUGGUUCUAUAAAGAAAGCUAUCUGAGAUUUUCUACACAACGUUUCUCCUUAGACAAUCUAGACAGCUCCAUUCAUCUUUGCAAUAAUUCUAUCCAGAAACAUUACAAAAAUGCUGCAGACCGGAAUCCUCUAUUGCCAUGGCACAAUAUGUGGACAAGCACCAAAUUUCAGGAGUACUUACAAAAGAGAGGUCGAGGCAAUAUGUGGCGAAAUGUUAUCUAUCCGUCCAUGAAAAAAGCCAUUACCUACACCAUGAGGAUGGCUCAAGAGAGCGUUGAAGCCCGGAAGAGCAGUUUUGAGCUGUAUGGGGCAGACUUUAUUCUUGGAGAAGACUUUAAACCAUGGUUGAUUGAAAUCAAUACUAGCCCAACAAUGUUCCCUUCUACACCUGUCACAGCAGAGCUAUGUGCGCAGGUGCAAGAAGACACAAUUAAGGUAGUUAUUGAGAAGAAACGUGACAAAAACUGGGACACUGGAAAAUUCGAACUUCUCUGGAGGCAGCCUCUUUUGGAUCUGCCACCGUUCAAUGUUACAGACCUUUUUGUGGAAGGAGUUGGUAUUAAGAGAUCAAGGCAGAAAGCUGCUCCCAUCACUAAUUUUAAUUUUCUUGAUACAUUAGCAAGAAUACCACAGACAACUGAGUGUGCCUCACCCAAUCAUGAAAAACAAGGAGAAUCAAUAAGAACUGUAAAUAACAAGCAAAACAUCAAAAUGAAAAUUGAAAAAGCUAUUUUUUGCACUUUACCUAAGCCUCUCAAGAGGCCACCAGGGAAAAGUUGUAAAGUAAGGGAUGCACACGUGAAACCCACUGGGCACAUAGCUCUUCCCAACUUAGUUUUACAACCUACACAAAGCAUCACAGAGACGAAACAUGUGCAGUAUAUGAACAACGCAAAAGGAAUAACAGAUUCAAGCUUUCACAGAGUAAAUCAGACAGCCUCUACCUUUCAAAAUAUGAAUCCCUUGGACUGGCCUUUACUUCAGCCUUCCAAAAUAUCAGGUUUGCAGAACAGCAACAAGAAAAUUCCAUGCUUAGUUUGUGGAGACACUUUCCAGUUGGAGAAAACCUGUAAACGCUGCAGCUCCUUUUGUGCAACAGUACUGCAAGGAAGUUCAUAUUUACCUAUGAAUGAUUGUUCUACCCCUGAAAAGAAGGUGACCAGCAACAAGAUAAUUGUUCAUAGCAGUGUCUUCCCUGAAAACAUAUGAGUCCAUUCUGAGUA